UCAGCGUUGUAAGUUGUCUGGUGCAUGCUACUUCCGUUGUUUGGAGCCAGAGUUAUAAUCGGGGAAACAGGUUUAAUCUGAGAGACUGCUUGGUGAGGACUAGAACGCACCAUGCUUGAAAAGCUCUUUGCACAAAAAGACAGGAGUGUCCUGUUUAGCCUGCGACAUGCACAAAGCACGGGGUUCGAACCCAUGCACCUCAGACGCCAGGCGGUCGUGCAGUUCUUCGUGGGAAGUAGAAACGGGAGGAUCCGGAGUUACAAGGACACUGGAGGCUGAAUCUGCCUGGCACAGUAAACCCACUGGGCAGCCUGAAGACCCCGGUGGAACUGGCCCAGCGGCAGAAUGCAGGCACUCCACCUUCACCACCGCAGCCCCAGCAGCUACCCGGUCAAGGCCAGGGCAUCCCAUGUGGAUGAGACCCUGUUUGGCAGCCCAACAGGGACUCCACCAUCUCUACCAGACUUUGACCCACCCUGGGUGCAGAAUUGUAAUAGAUCCAGAGGAGUGAGCCCAGGACUGCCGACGGUCUCUGUGGCCAAGAGAGACUGUGAGUCCCCCUCCUCCAGGGGUAGCACCGCAAACCUCACACUAAGGAAGAAAAACAAAUACAGGUUGAUUGGCCACACCCCAUCCUACUGUGAUGAGCCACUGUUUGGCUCCCAGCCACAGGGCACCAGCAAGGAGAGGUCUCAGACAGCCAUGGAGGAUGCUGCCAAGCUCCAGACUCUUUUCUGGACCCCGCCAUCCACCCCUAGGGGCAGCUAUUCACCUCGCCCCAGGGUGACCCCACUACGAGCCAUUCACCCAGCUGGACCCUCCAGGACAGAGCCCAGAGUGGCCAAAGACUCUCAGAGGAUGUUCCGGGAUGGGCUGGAUGUUCCCCGCUCUCUGGGACAGAGGCGUUCCCAUUCACUCACCCACCUAACCAUCCCCAGCACGGGUCCCUGGUCUUACACAUCAGGGGCGACUGUCCAGAGUCCCUUGAUCACUUGUAACGUAUGCUCAGGCAGUGUUUCAGUACCAGCUAUCCUUCCCCGAAAGCCAAAGGCUCCUUGGAAAUGA